AUGGUACUGAAAAUCUUGCUAAUAGCGCUGCUAUAUUACCCGCUAUCGAUUGGGCUUACAUUUUACCAAAAAUGGUUUAUAAAGAAUUAUAAAUUGCCUUUAUUCGUGGUUUGCUGGCAUUAUAUUGUGAAAUAUGUUGCCGCCAUAUGCAUACGUUUCUUAUACGAAGUUCUUCAUAAGAAACGUAUACGACUUCAUAUGAAAGAACAGCUGAGAUGGCUCGCGCCCAUUGGUAUAUGUGCAUCGCUUGAUAUUGGGCUAUCAAACUGGGCGCUCGAAUAUGUCACCGUCAGUUUGUACACAAUGGCAAAGAGUAGUUCUAUUCUAUUCAUUGUGGCAUUCUCGCUACUCUUACGAUUGGAGAGGUGGCGUCCGACACUCGGUUUGGAAGCUGCGUUCAUUGCUAGCGGUCUUUUCUUGUUCACAUGGCACUCGUCUCAAUUGGACCUCACAGGGCUAUUACUGGUAGAGCUUGCAGCCUCAUGUACAGGAGUCCGGUGGACUGUGUCACAACUGGUCAUGCAAAGAGAAGAGCAGGCGCUGAACCAUCCUCUAGAUAUGGUAGCCCAUGUGCAACCUUGGAUGCUUAUCCCGAUUGUACCACUUAUAAUUGUAUUUGAAGGAGCGGAACUCUCCUACGAUAGUAUACUGUAUUUGAACGGGCAUUAUGCACCUGUGCAAAUCGCUUUACUGGUGAUAUGUGGCGGCUUACUUGCGUUUUGUAUGGAAAUGUCAGGUAUAUUUACAGCACAGAGAAUGGCUCUUAUAGAAAGAACAUACACUUCUUAUCUUGCUUUAUUAUUUUGA